GACCGCUGCUGCAGAUCUUUUGCAACCUGGCUUGAUGUUGUUCGGAAUGGCAUUCAUUUCAAUCUCGUACGUGCAUGUGUUGCUGCUGAUCUCGCCGGUGACCAAUGCCUUUCGGCCUUCCAUCCGCCCAGGCAGCACUCACGCGGCCUCCAGACGUCGGCAGAGGCUGCUGUCGAUGAGAGAGCAAGACGGCAGCAAAGCAGGGACGUACGGCAACACACCCACUGUGCUGAAAGGCGUGGUAUCAGCCCUCACCGGUGGACUGAAUUCGUUUGCCGUGAGCCGAGCACACUGCAGACGUGCAAGUUGUGGGUGUGCUGCAGUGGCUGGCUGCUGGGCGGUUUGCUGUGUGUGCAGGACGCCACUUCGUCGGGGGCAGACAAGCCGGGCCGUUCUGCCGCUGCUGUGAGUGGUGGUGAGGGCCGAUCUGGCGUGUCAUCGACGGCAGAUCUGGUGGAGGCCAUCCGAGAAGACUACACACAGCGGGCCUACUUCCUCACAGGCACGUCACGCACACCUGAAGACCACAUAUUCGUAUGUGCAGACGGGAGAGGCCUGCCUGUCGUCUGUGGAUGUGCUUGUCUGACUGCAGGUGACAUCAACGAUUCGCUUUAUGCGGAUGAGUGCGUGUUCACCGACCCAACGAUCUCCUUUAAAGGCUUGCAGACAUGGUCAGUCAGGCGACACAAGUACACACACGUGUGGACAUAAAGAUACCUAGCUGUGCAUCGUUUGUGUUGUGGUUGGGUCAGGAAGCGCAACAUCGCCUCUUUGAAGCUCUUGACGACAGACAGAAGGCUCGACCUUCAGGUAGGGGAAGAAGGGAGGGAGAGGAGCACUGCACUGCACACACGCUGAUCGACUGGCUGCUGCAUGUGUGUGUGCUCAUCACACUCAUUGCAGGACAUCCGUGUGUCGCCUGAGGGCUCCUCCAUCCAAACCAAGUGGACUCUCUCCGUCACACUGGUCGGUCACCAUCCCAUCACUCACACAAACACACUCCCCGUCCCUCUGUACGCGCGCCGCCCCCAUUUCCUCUCUCUCUCUCUCUCUCUCUGUGUGUGUGUGUGUGUGUGCGUGCGUCUGUGUGCAGAAGCUCCCAUGGCGGCCCCUUGUGUCGAUUAGCGGCGGCACCACCCACUACUUCGCGUCAGACCCCGCCGACAGCGGCCGUCUGGUGGUGACUGAGCACGUUGAGGAGUGGGACGUGUCGGGGUGGGAGGCCUUUCUGCAGCUCUUCGGCACCAAGGGAAGGGGGAGCGACCAAAGAGAUGAAGAGAACAACAGGGGCAUCAUGAUGGCCUUCAAGAACUUGCUCAAAGGUAGGUGACUACUGAGGGAGGGAGGGGGGGAGGGGAGCCGACACGUUCCAUAUGUGCGUGUGUAUAUGUGUGUGUAUGUGUGUGUGUAGGUUUCUCCCUUCCCCCCCGUGGCUUAGUGAUGCUCUCCCUGUUCACCCUGUUCACGACGGUGCCCUUCGCCGACUCGCCCCAAGUCGCACAGAUCGGCACCGCACAAGCAGCUGAGGUGAUGCACACGGACGGACACCUGUUCGUUCGCCCGUCUGAUGUGUAUAUUGUAUUAUGUAUGUUGAGUGUAUUGUGGUGUGCAGAAGCGGCUGGUGGGCGAGAUCGCCGGCAGUGGACUGAUCUUCAAGGACACCCUCAACGUGGAGGCGUGGAGCGACCCAAAGGUCGAGGGCGUCACGAUUUACAUUGCCGACUUUGCAAGGCCCAUCACAGAGAGGUCUGGAUGCCCUCAUGCCCAUCCAAAUGACAAAUCUGCUAGUGUGUGUGUGUGUGUGUGAGUGUGUGUGUGCAGGUUUCAGAAGGACUUCUUCUCUGACCCGACAUCGGUAUCUCUGACAUGUGCACAAUCAGGGCCCGUCAAGUGAGGAUGGAAAGAAAAGGGCGACGCUCAUGGAAGCACAUCGGCACACUCUGUCUGUCUUGUGUGUCUGACCCAUCGGCCGGCCAUCCCACCCUCUGUCUGUCCGUCAGGAUAUCGCCGUCAGCCAGUCGAUCAAAGGUGGGCAGCGGACCUCAUGAAUAUGUAAUUUGUAUUGCUACAUUAAUCCAUGUGUGUCUUUGGUCUUCUUUGGUCCUUCGUCACGUCAGGACGGCGAAGAAGUCAUCUCUGAGGCCAGAAGGUCCAAUGGCAGAAACCCCAAUAGAGAUCACAUCACACACCGGGGUAUGUGACUGUGUGUGUGUGUAUUCAGUUUGCUAUUCAAGAGCAUUAAGGUGAGGCGGCUGAUCGACGAGAAGUCCAACAACAUUAUAUACGUCGCAUACAGGUGAGGUGCCCCCUUGUCAAACCCUACACACCACACCACACGGACGGGUACAUGCAUCUCUCGCUCUGUGUGUGUCUCUGUUGUGCUCAGCACCCGAUUCGGUGACGAUGACUCUAACAAGAGUCGGUUCAAGUCGUCAAUAUGUGCCCUCUCCGUUAACGCACAACAGCCGGUGCGAUACGCACGCACACACAUGGAUUGAUGGAUGGAUGAAUGCGGGCGACACCCAGCCCUGACUCAGGAGGGUCCUGUAUCCAUGCAAUCCAUGUGCGACGGUCUGUCUGUGUGCGUGUGUGUGGUGGCUGCGCUGCAUGCCGUGCAGGUGGCCCCAUCCCCGCAGUCAGUGGCAUCAUCCGCCCCAGCUGACCCCAAGAGCGGCCAGCCCAAGGGGGACUCAUGAAUGAGAGCACUCACUUGUCGGCCAGUGCAGCGGGCGGCGAGGCGUGUACGUGGCGGUGUACAUAUAUAAGAUACGCAGCGGAGGGAGGAGAGGAUUGGUUGACAGAGUAAUCUGAGCGGCCUGCCGAAUGAAGCAAGAGGUUUGGAGGGAGGGUGUAGAAUAGCAGCGGCAACUUGGAUGAAUGCAUGGAUGGAUGGGGAGGGUCUGUGAGAACGGACUUUAUCGACCGACUACGUGUGUGUGAGGGUGCGCGUGUGCAGGCGAUGAUGGCACACACCCACCCUCACACACACGCGCGCACACACACAGGCCUUCCCCCCCCCCC